AUGAGCGGUGGCGCGGUAGACAACGUGGAGGAGAAGGCAGAAGUGGAAGUGGCUCCGCAGGUAACAGAACAGGAGCCGAAGGAGGAAAAGAAAAAGAAGAAAAAAAAGGUGAAAAAUGACAAAGGGGAAAAAGAUGUCCUCAACAAAAAGGAGAAGAAAAAGGAGAAGAAAAAGGAGAAGAAAAAGAAGAAACAAAAGGAGAAAUCCCCCCAAAAUGGGAAAGCGAAAACCACGGGGGGGGGAAAGAAGCUCAGAAAGAGGGACGCGCUGGAGGAGGCUAGUGAUUCGCUAAGUGACGAAAGCGAUGGUGAUAGUGACAUGGAGAGUCUGGAAAACUUCUGCAAGCAGAACGAUCUGAGCGAGCCCAGCUCAGAAGAGCAUGAAUCGGUGGAUGUGGCUGAUAAAGAUAACCACGAAAAUGAAGGAAAGCUCAUUGAUAUAGUAUACGUAGAGGCGUACCUCAAUUCCUUAAGCAAGAAGACAAGGUUGAGCAAGGUGGUGAAGCUGCUCUCCAUGUUUCGGGAUGCCCUGAACAUGUUCGUGGAUGAUGAGGUGGAGGACGGCAUGCCGAAGAAGGGAGAAAUAAAUGGCGAAGCAGUUCAAGGGGAGAAGCAGAAAAAAGGCUCAAAAGGGGGUAAAAAAGGAGGAAAGAAACGAGGAUCAAAUAAGGAGGGCAAGCAAAGCAGAACAAAGUAUUCGAUGAAUGUGGAUACAUCCAUUUUCACCGUCUUCAACGUGUUGUACAACGUGGACUCCCUUUUCUACAACAUGACGAACGAAGGGUCACGCGAGCUGAGGAUAUGGAGCUUGGAGUGUAUCAGAAAUAAUGAAAUAUAUCAGGAGGAUAGUACUCUCCAGAAGGAGUGCGACAUGGAAGAUGAGAAAAUAGUGGACAAUGUGAAGACCGCGAAAAAUAUGGAAAGCGCACAAAGUAUGCAGAUUUUACAAAAUAUGCCAAAUUAUAAGCACCUGGAAAAGUACAAAAAGUUGAUUGUCCAUUUUUUUAAGUAUCUCCUAACUCGAAUGAAAAAACUAAGCAACAGUGAUAUCUGUUCAGGGAUCAUCAAAAUUUUGAAAAAAAAAAGCAUCCUAAGAUGGAUAGUAAUACUAAACAUGGGAAAAGUUUUUUUAAAAAGAAUGUGUACAAUGUUUAUCCUGUCGAAGAAGAACGACAUCUACUUCUUCCUCUUCCUGUUAAUACAAAAUAUGGUUCAGCUAUACAAUGAGAAGAAAAAAAUUUUAUAUAACAACAAGAGCGUUGCCAAUGGCAAUUUUAAGGAAAAAGAGCAUAUUAAAAAUACCUACCAAUUGGAGAAGUUACUCUUCGAGGUGUACCAAUAUCUGAUGCAUAGAUACUUGAUCCAUUACGGAAGUAACUACCAUAACAUUCUCCUUUUGAAUCAUAUGAAUUUUAAAGAGAAUUGCCUCAUCGAGUUGUUCACGCUGCUUUCCCAUGAUGUGGCCUAUACCAUCACCUUUAGAUAUGUACAAAUCAUCAUGCAGAAAAUCAGGGAGGGUUUUAAAGUCACCUACGAGGAUGGUAAGAAGGGAAAUCUGCGCACAGGAGAUGAACAAAACAAGCGAAGAAGCCGAGAUGAAGGCAAGAAAAACAAAUCAAAAGUUAAUCUCCUCGACUUCAAAACUUUCCACCUCCACAGCAGUUACAUGAUCCUCCUACUUAGAUUUUUAAUUAAAAUUAUCAAAACCUGUCAAAAUUUGGAUAUCCUUACAUAUGGGGUGACGGUAUUAAUAAUUGCCAUUUUGAAAACCAAAAUUAAUAACAUGAAAUAUGUGCCUAUAAAUUUACAAUUACUUCACUUGCUAAUUCGAAUAAUGGAAGACAAGAAAAAAUACAUUCCCCUAUUUUCGUAUUUUACGUGCAUCAUGAAUGGGUUAAUAUCUUAUCAGCAUGUCAGGACGAUUUCCAAAAAUCAAAAAAUCAGAUUAACUAUCGAAAAUUUCGAUAUCAACACUUCCCUCGAAAUUGAAGAAAAAUUAAUUUCAGAUUUUUCUAUAGCUCACCAAGUAUAUGACAAAUUAUAUGCCCUUUUAUGUGACUAUGUUGGACUGAUGGUACAUCAUAUUUCCUUUCCAGAGUUUUUUGUCGCAAUAGAAUCGUUCCUGAAAAAAUACUUCUCCGAGUGUAAAGUACAUGCAUUCAAAAUGAAAAUUAAAAACCUUCUUGUCUUGGCAAAAAAUUCCAUUGAAAUUAUCCAGAAGAAGAGAAAAAAUAGAAAUAUCUACAACAUGCAUGAUAAAAUGAUUUUCCUCGGAAAUGAAAACUUGCCCUUAUCUGCACAUAGACAGUCCGUUCUCGAGAACUAUGAAAAUAGCUGCUUGGUAAAAGUGAAGGCCAGAAUUAGUGGGCUUGAAAAUAUUAAACGGGACAACGAUAAGGGGGAUGAUGAGGACGAUGAUGAAGAAGAGGAGGGGGAUGAGGAGGAUGAGGACCAUCAGGAGGAACUUCCUUCUGAGCGAUCGCCCAAAAAAAGGAAACGCGAAGAUGAACAUGCUCCCAGCAGUAGCAGCAAGAAGAAGAAAAAAAACAAAAGCAACAACAACAACAAGGACAAGGACAAGAACAAGAAGAACGACAACAAACCUACUGAGGAGGCUAAAAGCCCCUCCAGAGAGGAUGAAGUGGAGGUUUUCUCCAUGUCCAGUGAAGAUGAACCGGAAAAUGGAGAGGAAGACGCCUAA